GAAGCCAUGAGGGCAGAUGAGGUCUCUGAGACAGUGAGAGCAAUGCGUGAAUGGUUGGGGACCAACCAAGGACAGAAUCUCCAAGAUGCCACCCUCAGUGCUGCCCUCAAGAAGGAAGGUGAAAGGGCUGGCUGGGCCCGGCGCCUGAUGCACCAGCUUUUCCCAGGGCAGCUCAUGGGCUCUGGACUCCCACCCAACCCCCCUGCCCCACGUCGUGCACUACCACUUGAGGUAAUGAUGAUGCGGGGGAGACUGAGGGUGGCGGCCCCCAUCACCUGUCUCCUGUUGGCAGCCACGGGCUGCCUCGCCAGCAUGGGGGAGGUGCCACGGGUCUCCGUGCUCCCUGCCUCCACCGUCCAGAAACACGGGGGCCCGGUGGUCCUGCGCUGUGAGGUGGAGCCACCGGGCACGAAUGUCACCUGGAGACAUAACGGGGAGGAGCUGAGCACCGUCAGCGCCACCCUGGGGAUCCACGUAAGCCGCGGGACCCUACUCAUCGCCGCCCUCCGCCACGACACCGUGGGCCGGUACCAAUGCGUGGCCCACCUGCCCGCCGGAGCCGUGGCCAGUGUGCCCGCCCCAGUCACAUUAGCCAAUCUCCAGGACUUCAAGCCAGAUGGCCAGCAUGUGAUUGAAGUGGGCGAGGGGAACACAGCCAUCAUCGCCUGCCACCUCCCUGAGAGCCACCCCAAGGCUCAGGCUCGCUACAGCGUCAAGCAGGAGUGGCUAGAGGCCUCCAGAGACAACUACCUGAUCAUGCCGUCGGGGAACCUGCAAAUUGUCAACGCCAGCCACGAGGAUGAGGGCACGUACAAGUGCGCUGCUUACAACCCCGUGACCCAGGAAGUCAAGACCUCGGGGUCCAGUGACCGCCUGCGGGUGCGACGUGCUAGCGCAGAGGCGGCUCGGAUCAUCUACCCCCGCGAAGCCCAGACCAUCACCGUCACCAGGGGUCAGAGUCUCGUCCUGGAGUGUGUGGCCAGCGGGGCGCCACCGCCACGAGUCACCUGGGCCAAAGACGGGUCCAGCGUGGGGGGCUACAACAACACCCGUUUCCUACUGAGCAACCUUCUCAUCGAUGCUGCCACCGAGCGGGACUCCGGGACUUAUCGCUGCAUGGCGGACAAUGGCGUAGGCGAGCCAGGGGUGGCAGUCGUUCUGUAUCGCGUCCAGGUGUUCGAGCCGCCGGUGGUCACAGUGGAGCUGAGCCGGCAAGUGGUCCCGUGGGGCCAGAGUGCCAGGCUGGCCUGCGUGGUGCGUGGGAACCCACCGCCAUCCAUGCUGUGGCUGCACAACGCAGUGCCCCUGGCACCCAGUCAGCGCCUGAACCUGGCCGGUGGGACCCUGUGGCUGGCACGCGUCGGGCCGCUAGAUGACGGGCUGUACCAGUGCAUGGCAGAGAAUGAAGUUGGCAGUGCCCAGGCCAUGGUCCAAUUGAGGACUGCCCGGCCCGGCUCAACAUUUGCUCUGCAGCGGGACGUGGGGGUGGGCUGGACCAUGCCUCCUACCACACCUUCCAUGCCCCCCGACCAGGUGCCGUCAGGGACGGCCUCGCUCCCACAGCCCAGGCCAACCGUGCUGACUGCCUCUGGGCCCUGCCCCCUUGGAGAGGGCCAGGCAGUGCCAGCCGAAGCCCCGGUCAUCCUGAGCUCCCCCAGGACACCCAAGACCGACUCCUAUGAGCUGGUGUGGAGGCCCCGGAAUGAUGGGGGCAACAGGGCCCCUGUCCUCUUCUACGUGGUCAAACACCGCAAGGCGGCAAACUCCUCGGGGAACUGGACUGUCUCCGAGAUCCAUGGCCACCAGCACCGCCUGCCGCUGACCCGGCUGGACCCCGGGAGCCUGUACGAGGUUGAGGUGGCGGCCCACAACUGCGCCGGGGAGGGCCAGACGGCCAUGGUGACCUUCCGCACUGGUAGGCGGCCCAAGCCUGAGAUCAUUGCCGGCAAAGAGCAGCAGGUCCAGAGGGAUGACCCAGCGGCUGGUACGAAGAGCAAUGCCCUCCCAGACAACAGUCGCCUCUCCCCCCCCGAGGCCCCUGACCGUCCCACCAUUUCCACGGCCUCUGAGACCUCUGUGUAUGUGACCUGGAUCCCCCGUGGGAACGGGGGGUUCCCUAUCCAGUCUUUCCGGGUGGAGGCCAGGAAACUGAAGAAGGUCGGGGACUGGGUGCCGGCCUCCAGUGCCAUCCCACCGUCACGGCUCUCUGUAGAAAUUGCAGGUCUAGAGAAAGGCACCUCCUACAAGUUCCGGGUACGAGCUAUGAAUGUCCUGGGGGAGAGCAGGCCCAGCGCAGCAUCUCGCCCCUACCUUGUGUCUGGUUCCGGGAGCCGCGGCUACGAGCGGCCCGUUGCCGGGCCGCACAUCACCUUCACUGAGGCUGUUAACGAGACCACCAUCAUGCUGAAGUGGAUGUACAUCCCAGCCAGCAACAACCACACGCCGAUCCAUGGCUUCUUCAUUUACUACCGGCCCACAGACAGUGACAACGACAGCGACUACAAAAAGGACGUGGUGGAGGGGGACCGCUACUGGCACUCCAUCAGCCAGCUGCAGCCGGAAACCUCGUACGACAUCAAGAUGCAGUGCUUCAACGAGGGAGGCGAGAGCGACUUCAGCAAUGUCAUGAUCUGUGAGACCAAAGCCCGAAAGCAUCCCGUGCUUCCCGGCCGUCCUCCACCCCCGACGCUGGCCCUGCCCAAGCAGCUGCCGCCGUUUGCCAUUGUGGCCCGCUCCAGCGACCUGCCCUACCUGAUCGUCGGUGUGGUGCUGGGCUCUGUCGUCCUCCUCAUCGUGGCCUUCAUCCCCUUCUGCCUGUGGAGGGCCUGGUCCAAGCAGAAGCAUACAACGGACUUGGGCUGCCCGGGCCCCUCGCUUCUGACGGCCUCCUGCCAAUACACCCUGGUGCCCCUGAGGGCCAUCACCCCCUCUCGAGCCAGCAGCCUGCCCCGGUCAGGGGGCUGCCCUGCCACAGACCCCCGCGACUACAGUCGAGCACACCUCAAGCAGAUGGCACCCUGCACUGGGGGAGAGAAUCCGGAAGCCCUCUGCCUGCCAUCUGGACCAACGCUGGCCCGGCUGGCCCACUGCCCUCUCUCAGUCCAACCUCCACUGAGUGGCCUCAAGGCAGGGCCGUUGGGGAGUGAGCUCGGCCCUGGCCCAGCCCCGCUGAGUCCCCAUGACCCGAGAACGGACACCUUUGAGUCCAGCCCUUUUCCAGACCCAGGAUCACCUGCCCCCACCCACCAACUGCCCGGAGUCCAGGGAGAAGGCCACUGGCACCAGGAACCAGCCAAGGCAGACAGUGAAGACCCUAGGUCAGAAGCUCUGUGGGAUGCACUGUUCCUGCCAGCACCAGCAUGUGGCCAGGGGCUGGCACCUGUGGAGCAGGUGGAGAGCUGCCGGCCACCUCGGGACCCCGGACCCCAGCUCACCCCUCACCGUGCCGGGCUCAGGUCUCAACAGCCAACCCCGCCCACAGGGUUAGGUGGGAGCUGGCUUCCCUGAUGUCUGCACUGUUGCUAAAGAGACUCAGAGAAAAUUGGUAUUUAUUUUUCUAUACCAUCAGUAUUUAUAUAUUUAUGCAACUGUAAAUAAAUGUGUAGUAUCUUUAUCGUGCUUCCAAGAAGCAAGGGAUUCUGGUGGGGAGGACCAGCAGCAGCGCAGCUGCCACCUGAGACAGAGGCGGUGAUUGGACAGUGACCGGAAGCCAACAGCACAGCCCAGGCUGCAAGGAAACAUCCUCAACCCCACCCUGGCCAGUAGAAGGAUGGCCAGAUGGCCGCCCACCUGUCCGAGUUCAGUACCCCAUGGGGCCAGACUCAUGCAUGCCAGCUGUGGAUGCUUCUUGUGGCAUCGGAACUCUGAGACCCAGCUCAUGUGAAAAACCCGUCACCUCGUUAGCCCUUAGUGUGUGCCCUGAGCCCAGCUCCUGUGCCGCCUCCAACACCCCGGUCUCCCACUCUGCUUCCUAGCUCCCACUGCCCCCAUUGCCAUCCUCUGUUACUGCUUUUCCCUUCAUUGCCUCUGUCGCCGCCCCCAGUCUGACUGCUCCCAUCACUGCCCCCUGUCUCUGCCCUUCCCUCCGCCACUCCUGUCAUUCCUUGCCACCCUCCCCGCUACCCUCCAUCCACCUCUACCUGGAGAAGGGAAAGCGGAAGGAGAGACGGGAAGGGUCAGACGAGCCUCAGUCCUGAGGCUGCAGGGCUGGGAUGCAGUGCGGGAGAGACCAUCACGGCACCAGUGGUCCGUGUGGCCUCCCUCAGGUUCUUGUUCCUGCCCGUUAUGUCGGGCUGUGAACCAGGGAACAACAAGUGCAUAGGCAGGUGGCCAAGGGUCCAGCCCAGUACCCAGUGCAUUUUCAGUCUUUGCCCGUGAUAGGCAGCUCCAGGGAGAACCAGGUCUAGAACUCAAUGGUGCUGAUUCCCAGAGCCAGGGACUAAUGGCAGGACCAGAUAGAAGUUUCACAUGCCAUCCUGAGGAAGGGGUGUUCCCGAUCCCCCUGGCACUGGGACGUGGGGGCAGCUGGUUUGUUCAUAACAAACAAAAGGAAGUAUUUCACCAAGCAGAAUGUUGGGCCAAGGGACAGCAGAGCGAGUGGAAUUCAAUCCCGGGAUAUUGUGCAGCAGAAAACAGAGGUAGGCUCUAGGUGUUUGGACGAGUGAUCUGUAAUGGGUUUGUAAAGAUGAAAGUCGAGGAUAGAGAGGGGAGAGUCGAGGUGUAAGAUGGUCCGUGCUGGGUCACUGGGGAAGAGUCGGGGAGGGAGAAGAGAGAGUCGGGGGUGCUUGUCUAGAAAAGUGCCCCAGAGUGUCCUGGUGCCCCUGUUAAAGACAGAGUUCUGGACUGGGUGGUCCAUUUGGUUUGUUCCCAAAAUGGCACUGUUUAUGGUCUCUGUAAAAGUGACAUUUAAGAAUGAAAGAAGAGACAAGCAUUUUGGGAGAAGGAAUUAGUAGUUGAUUUCUGCAGCUGUGCAACGGAACAGUAUCUAAGCCUGACUGAACUGACUGCCCCAAGUGUCUCGGGUUCUCUAAGUUUGCUCUGCCACCGCUCUGGCUCACUAGUUUUUUCAAAUAAACAUUUACUUACC